ACAUCGCUCUAUUAGUGGUAAAAACUUGAAUUAAAAUCAAGGACAACGGGGAUUUCACUUAUAGCCACUGGCGUUUAGAUAACUGAACAUUUUUUAUUCAUUCUUGUUUUUAACAUUGUAUCCAAUCAUUUUAUCUUCUGAAUUAUAACCAAUAUGACUGGUCAAUUUCGUAUAUUGUCAAUAAAAACAUCGAUUUUUAAAUCGAUUUUAUUUCGCUCAUAUUCAAAAAGUCAACCACAAAUUUCAAAGAUUGUUUCCAAUGCUGAAGAAGCUGUCAAAAAUAUUCCCGAUGGUUCACGAUUGAUGGUCGGUGGUUUUGGUCUAUGUGGUAUACCGGAAAACAGUAUUCGUGCUUUGGCAAAAUUGAAUAAACAACGAUUAACUGUCAUAUCAAACAAUGGUGGCAUUGAUGAUAAAGGUUUAGGACAAUUGUUGUUGAAUAAACAAUUAAAACGUAUUAUUGGUUCGUAUGUGGGUGAAAAUCGUGAACUAGAACGACAAUAUUUGAAUGGUGAAGUUGAAAUUGAAUUCGUACCUCAAGGUACGCUUGCUGAACGAAUUCGUGCUCGAGCGGCUGGAAUUCCAGCAUUUUUCACACCGACCGGUCAUAAUACACAGAUCCAUCUUGGUGGUGUUCCAAUACGUUAUAAUUCGGAUAAAACGAUCGCUGAAACAAGUCGACCAAAAGAGGAACGUAUAUUUAAUGGUAAACCAUUCAUUAUGGAAGAAGCAUUGAUGGCGGAUUAUGCAUUGGUCAAAGCAUGGAAAGCUGAUCGGGAUGGAAAUGUUGUUUUUCGCAAAACGACUGCCAAUUUUAAUAUUCCAAUGUGUAAAGCGGCCGAUCAUUCGAUCGUAGAGGUAGAAGAAAUUGUUGAUGUUGGUGAAUUAGAUCCGGAACAUAUCCAUGUACCAUCGAUUUAUGUAAAAACAAUUUUCAAGGGCGAAAAUUUCGAAAAACCAAUGGAAAAAAUAAUAUUCCGUGAAGAAGGUGGAAUAUCAAAACUUGAUCCAGUUCGUGAACGAAUAGCUCGACGAGCAGUUUUGGAACUUCAAAAUGGGAUGUAUGUUAAUCUUGGUAUUGGUAUGCCCGUUUUGGUGGCAAAUUAUUUACCCGAACACAUGAAAAUCACAUUCCAUAGUGAAAAUGGUAUUCUAGGAAUGGGUCCAUAUCCAUUAAAAUCAGAAAUUGAUCCAGAUCUUAUAAAUGCAGCAAAAGAACCCGUAACAGCUAUUCCCGGUACAUCGUAUACAUCAUCCGAUGAAUCGUUUGCCAUAAUUCGUGGUGGUCAUCUUGAUGUAACCAUGUUGGGUGCAAUGCAGGUUUCACAAUAUGGUGAUCUGGCCAAUUGGAUGAUUCCAGGUAAAUUGGUCAAAGGAAUGGGUGGUGCUAUGGAUUUAGUUUCAUCACAUGUAUCCGGAACUCGUGUUGUAGUCACAAUGGAACAUAAUAGUAAAAAUGGGGAAUCGAAAAUUGUGUCCGAAUGUUCAUUACCAUUGACCGGACAGAAUUGUGUUGAUACUAUUAUAACGGAAAAAGCUGUAUUUCGUGUACAUCCAAAAGAUGGUUUAACUUUAAUCGAAAUAGCCGACGAUCAAACUGUACAAACAGUGACAGAUGCCACUGGUGUAAAAUUCAAAAUUGCUACUGAUCUUAAGCCUAUGCAACAAGUUUGAGGAAAAAAUAUUUUUUUUAAAGAAAAAAUAAACAAAAAUUCGAAACAAUACACAUUUCAAAUACAAUAAAUAACAGGAUUGAGUGAAUUA